AGAAAUGAAUUCUGCCUGGGCAGCCAAAUGGAUUCAACGUCAUGAUUGGGAGAGAACCGCAAGGGGAAAUAGUGUGGGAAUUUGGUGUUGUACUGACAUUACAAAAAAACGUGUCCACUCUGCUUCUUCUUCUUCUUCUUCUUCUGCAAAUUUUUGGAAUUACAUGAAUCUCUGCAGCAAUCCAUGAGCCCCCAUGACCCUUUCAUCUCGCCCAAUGAUAACCUGAAAGGUUUCCUUCUUGCUAUGUUAUCCAGCGCCUUUAUUGGCUCCAGCUUCAUCAUCAAGAAGUUGGGUCUUCGUCGGGCCGGGGCUUCCGGCUCUCGAGCGAGUUCUGGUGGAUAUGGAUAUCUGUUAGAGCCACUUUGGUGGAUCGGCAUGAGUACUAUGAUUGUUGGAGAAUUUUCUAAUUUUGUGGCUUAUGUUUAUGCUCCUGCUAUUCUGGUAACACCACUUGGAGCGAUCAGUAUAAUUGUUAGUGCUGUGCUUGCACAUUUUUUCUUGAAGGAAAAAUUGGAGAAAAUGGAUGUAUUGGGGUGUGUAUUAUGUGUUGUAGGGUCUACAAUGAUUGUUCUUCAUGCGCCUGGUGAACGUACUCCGAGUUCAGUGGACGAGAUAUGGGAACUAGCUACUCAACCAACUUUCCUUCUCUAUACGGCCUCGGUUAUAGCUAUUGUGUUGUUCCUCGUGUUGUACUGCGAACCCCGCUACGGACAGACAAAUAUACUCAUUUACAUUGGGAUAUGCUCCAUAAUUGGAUCCUUGACGGUAAUGAGCAUCAAGGCUAUUGGCAUUGCUAUAAAACUCACAAUGGAGGGUUUGAGUCAGGUUGCUCACUUCCAAACAUGGGUCUUUGUAAUGGUUGCAAUCUCAUGCAUAAUUGUUCAGCUGAAUUAUUUAAACAAGGCCUUGGACACAUUUGACACCGCAGUUGUCUCACCAAUUCAUUAUGCAAUGUUCACAUCCUUCACGAUCUUCGCCAGUGCCAUAAUGUUCAAGGACUGGUCUGGUCAGAGUGCUAGCAGCAUUGCAUCAGAACUUUGUGGAUUUGUAACCAUACUUUCUGGGACUAUGGUCUUGCACGCUACAAGAUCACCCGAUCCCGCCUCUGUUUCAGAGAUGUACCUGCCUGUGUCUCCUCAAGUGUCAUGGUAUUUCCAAGCAAAUGGUGAUACCUGGAAACGGAAAUCUGAAGAAAUACCAUCGCCAGAUUUUGAUGCAAUCCUCAAACAAGACCAUUUCACAUGAGAUGAAAGGUAUUAUUGGCUCUCUCCAUUGCACACGAAAACAAAUGCAUCCAAAUUCUGGGAGAAAUCUGCGUAUACUUACUUUUCUCACAUUGUUUUAAUGAGUUAUUUGGUAGAGUGGUACACCAAAGUUCCAUUUUCUUUCUCGCUCGGCCGCUUGAGAUUGAAGAACGGGUAGGGCGUGUGUAACGUAGUAUGUUCUUUGUAACACUUUACUUUGUUCCUAAAUAGGUAACUGGUAUUGGAAACACAGCUUCUUCCCCUCUCUUCUUACUUUUAGGCCUUACACCUCUGAUAACAUUAUUUUGUACAGUAGAUCAGAGCCUGCGGAUGGAAGAUGUAAUAUGCUUUUGUGGGUAGUUUUUCACUCAUUUCUCUUGUCCAAGGAAAAACGUGAGAU